ACUCCUUUUCAAUAGAUUACGUACUAAUUUUUAUGAAUUUCAUGAGAAAUAUGAAAAAAACAGGUGUAGCUUUUUUUAUACUAUGGUAGUCAAAGGGUUAAACGAGGUAUAUUUCACACGUUUUCCGGAACCUCAAUUUCCGACCUAAAAAUUUACCUUUAUUGUCCUCAGUUUCUGGUAUUUCUUAUUUUUGAUGAUGACGCGCGCGGUUUUUCAUUAUUCUGACAGGCUCAGUCGAUAGAACAUCAGCAAUUACAUCUACCGUGAAAUUUUCGCCUUACUUUCACUCUUCCUCGACUCACAAUAGCAAAAACAUGAGAAAAAGAACUAGUUUUCCCGAAUUUUCGGCUCAUAUCUCGAUGAUUUGAUAACUUAAUUGAGAGUUGGAUACUUUAUUUUGGCAUAGUCUGAAGGAGCACACAACUUUACAUAUAUCCAACAAUUUUCUAUAGCUCCAAGGCUAUGUUUUGGGUCGAAAUCAAGGUAAAAUGAACGCGCGAUGAGAUGAUACCAUCAUUGGGUGAAAAUCGAUUUUCUCCAUGAACAUGCAAUUCUUGCUGCUCUGCUAGAUUAGUAGUGAGUGGAUGCAAUCUGUUCAUAUUGAUAGUACAUACACCCUAUUGUCAUUCAGUGGAAUAUAGAGUGAAGUGGUAAAAUCUAACCGUUGUGUUCAGGCAGUAUCCAAAUGAAACCGGUGGAAUUUGGGCAUACUAUAGGUGGUUGGAUCAGGGUUAACAAAUUCAAGUUUUUAUUAUGGAAUCAAUUUGUAUUAUUCAAGCGAGAACACCGUUUUUAUCAUCUAUUUUAGUAGUGUUGAUGAUGUAACGAAGAGACAAUCGAUCAUGUCAUACGUGUGUUCUUUGUUUAUCACGAAAAGAAAAUGACCAAAAACAAAAAAAUAAAGUUUAUCAUAACAGUUCCCUUAUUUUAAAAGGGGGACUAAUCCUUAUAAACGGCCGAUCUAAUCUAUUAAACAUUUUCUUCUUUAUACGCAAUAUAAAAAAAAAAGAGUCAUUUUAAUUUGUUGACAACACAAACAUUUCACCAUAAAUCAUUACAAAGAGCGAUGAGAACAGAGAACGGUACAAGCUCGUAAACGAUGGUAUUCAUAUAAAAAUGUCCAAUCAUAAUUCUAAAAAGUUAUUUUACUUGAUUAAAUAUGUUCAAUUAUUAAAAUAUUAAUAAGUUGAUGAACGGCUAAAUGAAUGAAUGGACUAAAAAUUGUAAAAGCGCUAUUCAUUCGAAUAGCACUGAUAGCACACGGAUUAAUUUGUGCGUGGAGAGUAGUCGAUACGAAUGGUAAUCGGUAUUGUUGGGUCAUAUUAGUGGGUUUGGGAUUUCUUCUUGUUGAAACAGGAAUUGUUAUUUGGCUAAGAAAUGGUCAGGAAUAUAAAACGUACGUCAAAGAAUUCUUUUUUUGUUUACGUCAUAUUGUAUAUGCUUUUAUUUUCAUUUCAUCAUAGAGUGGCAUUCUGUAUCAUUUUUUAUAUGACAUGUAGUGCACCGUCGCUAUGGAUUAUCCACGUCGAAACGGCCAAUAGAAAACUCUAUCGUUUGGCUGAAAGUAAACUAUCAACAAGACGUACACCCACUCUUGGAGUAAAAUUAAACAAAAAUAAUAUCAUUCAAAAUCACAAAAAUUUAAAUAUAUUAGGUGGAUUAAUAACGCAUCCUACAACAACGACAGCAACAACAACACAACAAACGGUACUAUCCAUAGCUCAAGUUGAUUGUGAAGAUAAGUCCUGGUAUUAUGUGGAUGAACAACGUUGGCUUGAUCUGUUACAAGAGUCGAUGUUAGUGUUAUUAUGCAUAUGUCGUCUAUUAAUUAGCCAUGACCAUUUAUCGGCUGAAAAAAGUGGUAUUCUAUUUAUAUUAUCUAUAAUGAAUAGUGCCGAUUUAUUAUCACUGUCAAAUUCUUUACAAUAUCAUGAUAUUAUUACUGAACGUUUAUGGAUGUAUAUUGGUUUGAUUUUAUUAACAAUUGUUUUAUUUCAAUUAGCAUUCAUUGAAAUAAAUGGUUUUACGUAUUUCUAUUUUAAUUCACAACCGCAACAACAAAAACAAAAACGAUAUUAUUAUCAUCACGGACAAACUGUUACUGAACGAUUUCGUUCAAGAUUACGUCUAACUAGUAUGGAAAAAAUGAAUUUCUUUCAAGAUCAAUUAAUAUGUCCACUAUUUAAAUGUUUAUUUUUACAUGAUGGUUUAUUUCUAAUCUAUCGUAUACUAUUAUCAGCUAAAAUUCGAUGUUCUAAACCAACAUUAAUGUUUUACAUAUCAAAGAAUAUUUUCAUGAUACUAUAUCAGUGUUAUCGAGUGUAUAAAUCUUCAAAAGAUAAACAUAAACAUUUAAUCUAUGAACGAUUAUAUGAUUUGUCACCGCCUAAUAGAAAAAAACAACGCCGCCAUCUCUUUCAUUUUAUUGAGCAACUGAGCAAUCCACAUCAUAUAACAAAAACACAUUCAAAUAUAGAUAAAACGAAUAGACGACGAACAUUGAUGAAACCACGUAUGAAAGCACGUUCUCCAUCAAGAACAAUGCCUACAGAUUAUGGAGCACCCUAUCCGUUUGUUAGACGACAACGCGGGGGUAAAACAUCAUAUGCUAUUUACGGUUUACCGUUUGUUACACAACCUCGACGUCGCACGACAUUAUCAUCAAGAAGUAGUCAAUCAUUAAUGAACUUUGCCAGAAAUGAUAGUGGGAUAGAGCCAGGUUACAUACGCUGGCCACCACCGAUAUUAAAUCAUAAUACUAUAGCUAAAACAGUUAUUGAGUAA